CCCAAUCAGUCUGGUUUUCCCUUACUCGAACUUUGGUUGGGUCUCAUUUCUCUCAGAGCAUUCAACAUGUGGUGGAUUUUUGCGAUUUUUCUGCUGUUUCUGCUGCAGCAUUCAAGAGCCAGCAUUGUACGAGUGCAACCCGUCGUCAGUGAGGAUUCAGUGAAAGUCAGUGUCCAGCUACUAACGCAGUGCAGCUCUUAUUGCCUCCUCAUUGCCGAACCAGUCCUCCAGUACGCGGAAAAGUGUCAGGAAAACAGCAGGGCGUACCAGGAGAAGAAUGACCAGCUGAACAGAUUGCAAGCACAUCUGAACGUCUAUAUGGAUAAAGCUAGGGAAAUGGAAAAACUUUUGAACUACAGCAACACGAUUAGGGAAGUCCUGGGGGAGUCCCACACGAACCAGACCAACUUCAGCAGCGAUGUGGAGAACAUAAUCAGUGCGUUGGAGAUUGGGAAUCAAAGGAGGAUAAUUAAGGACCUGGAAAAGCAGUUGGAAAAUCGAAACGUACAAAUUAGGGAAGCGGAGUAUGCUAUUGAGAAAAUUAAGGCAGAGUGCCUGAAGGAGAGUAUUACGAGUCAAGAUGUGAGGACUAAGCAGCAGGACAAAACAAUUAACAACAUGAAGUUGGAAGUCGAACAGCAAGUGACUCAAUCGGAAGCCAGCAUAGAGGAUAUCAAGGAACAAUCGAAAACUCGAUCAUUGAUAAAUGGUUCAGCGAAUGAAGCAUAAUAAUCGGCCACAAGGAAGACCCGAUCGUCGUAUAGGUAGAAAGGUCCUAUACAUCAGAUAACUAUCAAUGUCUAUGCCGGAUUACACAUAAAAAAAAUGCAUUAACCAUGAAUUAAAGAAUGAAUCC